ACUCACAAGCAAAGGUUUGUAAAUUUGCCUGCAGCCAACACAAUGGCAAAGACACACAACCUCAUUUUUGCUGGACUAUUAAUAUUUGCAUCAACUCAGAGGACUUUGUGCGUUAUCGAGGAAGAGCUUCAUCCUGAAUACUGGAACAACAAAGCGAAACAAGCUCUUCACACUGCACUGAAUGUUCAGCCUAAUGUGCACCGCGCCAAAAACCUCAUCCUGUUCCUGGGGGACGGAAUGGGAAUGCCAACAGUGACAGCUGCCCGGAUCCUCAAAGGUCAGCUGGAAGGACAUUCAGGAGAGGAGGGACGUUUGGUUAUGGAUACAUUCCCUCACCUGGCACUGUCUAAGACAUAUAACGUAGACCAGCAGAUGCCAGAUAGUGCUGGCACGGCGACGGCAUACUUAUGUGGGGUAAAAGCCAACUAUGGGACCCUUGGAGUCUCUGCUGCCACUCCACUGGGUGACUGUAAAGCUUCUUUCGGCAAUGAAGUCACAUCAAUUCUCCACCGUGCCAAGAAAGAAGGAAAAUCUGUUGGAAUUGUCACAACAACAAGAGUGCAACAUGCUUCCCCUGCUGCGAGCUACGCUCACUCUGCAGACAGAGAUUGGUAUUCUGACUCUGACCUCUCUGAGGAAGCUGUCCAAAAUGGCUGUCAUGACAUUGCUUAUCAACUGGUUCACAACACAGAGAUAGAUGUCAUUCUGGGUGGAGGUCGUCAGUAUAUGCUUCCAAAAGACAUAGUAGAUCCUGAAUACCCAUCUGAAACUGGAAAACGGAAAGACGGAAAAAAUCUUAUUGUUGAAUGGGCUAAAAACAAAGAGAAUGCUAAAUAUGUUUGGAAUAAAAAAGAGUUUGACGCUGUCGAUCCUCGAAAAACAAACUUCCUUCUCGGUUUGUUUGAACCCAAAGACUGUCGGUAUGAGCUGGAGCGGGAUACAUCUAUGGACCCUUCGCUAACAGAGAUGACAGAAAAGGCAAUCAAGAUUCUCCAAAAGAACCCAAAAGGAUAUUUCCUGUUUGUGGAAGGGGGGAGAAUUGAUCAUGCUCAUCAUGGCACUCAGGCUAAAAAAGCUCUCCACGAAGCUGUAGAGUUUGACCGUGCAAUCGGGCGAGCAGCAGAACUCACCAAUGAAAUGGACACGCUGACUGUAGUCACUGCUGACCACUCCCAUGUCUUUGCUUUUGGAGGAUAUUCUGCAAGAGGAAACUCUGUUGUGGGAGUUUCUCGUCACUUGGCCUUGGACAACAAGCAUUUUACCACUGCAAUUUAUGGCAAUGGACCAGGAUAUCAGAUAGUCAAUGGAACUCGCCCUGAUAUGAAUGAAUCAAUUUCAUCAACAAAUGACUACAAACAGCAGACUACAGUCCCUCUCGAUUCAGAGACCCAUGGUAUAGAAGACGUGGCCAUCUUUGCCAAAGGACCAAUGUCUCACCUUUUCCACGGAGUUCAGGAACAGAACUACAUUCCACAUGUCAUGGCUUAUGCUGCCUGCAUAGAGCCCUAUAAUGAUUGCCAACUACUUGAAGACCACAGUGGAAGAAUUCACUCUAGCCUACUUCUUGUUCUGAUGGGCUUGCUGGCUGCCCUGUGCCCUGCCUGAUAUCACAGUCCCAACAGGAUUCAUUAAGAUGUUGGAAUUAAUCCACAAUCUUUUAUUUUGGUUGAAAUAUAAAUUAUUAUUGUAUUGCAUUUCAAUGUGCUAAGACAUAUGUAGCCAUUCGUCGUAAGGCAUCUUUGUUCAACAUUUGAGCUGAAAAAGUAUUUCCAAUAAUGCUGAAUAUGGAACCUGUGAAUCUGAACGCUUUCUUAAACAUUUGUAUCUAAAAUAUGACUGUGAUUCUUUUAAAAUUCUAUUUAAAAUUAUUUACUUGGUUUUUGUGUUGGGCUAUCGGCUUGUUUAAAAUAUGCUCUACCUUCAUGAAUAAACAUAAAAUGAAAAUAAAAUUAAAACUGUUAAAGUUAAACUUUAUGUAUGUGGGUUUAAAAUUGCUGAUGUUUUCUACUGUUAUUUGGCAGGUUUUAUUGCUAACUGCACUUCUUAUGUUUAAUUAUAUUCUAGAUUUUUAUAUGUGUAUGAAAACUUGUAUUCUGACACAGUUGUAGAAAUUAUGCUCAAGUUGAAGACCCAUGAAAGUUGGUGAAUUAUAAGCGCCCAUCUCAAAUGAAAGGAAGCUUUAAAAUUUGCAAUACAACAUAUACAAAUAAAUUAUGUUGCAAUAGUUUUGGCUGAAAUUCCAAUGUUUAGGAAGAAUAACAGCAUUAUAGCAACCUUUAUGUGUAAAUAUAUAACAUCAAAACUCAUUUUAAAAACUCUGUGACAUCAACCAAACUCACUAAAUAUAAUUCACCUAGUCAGUUUUUCCUAUUUGUUUUGCUAUUUUGCUGCAAAUCUUUUUAUUAGUUCAAUUCAAUUCAGUUUAUUUGUAAGGCACCAGUUGACAACAACAAAUGUAAUUUUGAGGAACUUACCAAAAAGUCACUUCAGUCAAACAUUCCAAUUAAUUCUAGUUGUUGCAGUGCAUUAAACUAUGUCUAUGGA